UGUUCCAUUAACAGAAAAAAAGGAUUAAUAUCAGCUCUCAUACCAUAACAAUUUAAGUUACAGUGGCAGUUUUUCGUUACUAUCAAGUAUUGCAUUUCCAUAUAUUGAGGGGCUUGCUGUUGUGAACAUGUUGUCAUCAGGGUUGUUAUUUCCAGACUUUGGUAAGCGUUUGAAAAGCUUUAGAAGACAUUGUUUGACUAUUUCUUCAGGUUUAAUAGAACCUCAUUAGAACUAGAACAAUAUCAAGGAGGGUGUGUGUGCAUGUCAAUGGUCUGCAAAGGCUAACAUCCCUAAGAAUGUGUUCAACCCCUUUGUUUUGAAAUGUUGUAAAGGAAAUAUAGUUGUUCUGUUAUUUAUAUAUAGUGUUGCCCCCACUUACUUUUCUUUAAGAACUUGGUAAGUUAUUGAUAUUCAAAGGGUCCUUUUUGAAGGUAUAUUUACCCUUAAAAAAUGCUGUUUCAAGUAAUCAACAUAUGGGACCCUCAUCAAGGAGCCUUGUGUUUUGAAAGUACCCUUUUUUAUGAUAGCUGGGUCAGUCUGGCUCAGCUGCUCUCUGUGGUUUUUCUUUUUCUUUGUUGAAACAUUUUUUUGAGAAUGAAUGGUGUGUCAUAUGACCCAAUCAGCACCAAGGAGGCGGGUCCCAGUGACUGCUCACUCGGCAAGGAGGAGGCAGCCUGCGGGUUCUGGCGGAUGGAUCAAAGGAACACUCAGUAGGACACUUCUGGAACAACUGGAUAAAGAGUUUUUGGAUCCGAAAAGCUAAAUCAUGAUGACGGGAUUUCGACUGAACUUGUCCCCGCUGAAGGAGCCGCUGGGCUUCGUCAAACUGGUGGAGUGGCUCACGGCCAUAUUUGCUUUUGGAAGCUGUAGUGGAUUCUCAGGGAAGAACAUCAUCUCUCUGCUCUGCGGCGAUGGCAGGAAUGACACGCUCGAUGCCAACUUUCACUACCCGUUCAGGUUGAGCGCGGUCCCGCUCAUCGAGGGGAACGCCACUCUCUGUAACCAAUCAGCCACCACCACACACAUGGUGGGAGACUCCGCCUCCUCCGUGGAGUUCUUUGUGGGCGUGGCCAUCGUCUGCUUCCUGUACAGCAUGGUGGCUCUGCUGGUGUAUUUGGGCUACAUGCACGUCUACAAGGACUCUGACUUUGGACCCAUCUUUGACUUCCUGCUCACAGCCAUCCUGGUCUUCCUGUGGCUGGUGUGCUCCUCGGCCUGGGCGAAGGGUCUGCAGAACGUGAAGGAUGCCACGGACACUGAAGGCAUCAGCAACACGCUGGCCGUCUGCAGGGGGGCCAACGUCACCUGUGAGGUCACAGAGUUCGCCAGCAUGCGGCCCCUCAACAUCUCUGUGGUGUUUGGCUACCUCAACAUGCUCGUGUGGGCGGGGAACGCCUGGUUUGUGUACAAGGAGACCCGCUGGCACUCUCAGAAAUUCUCUACUCAGCCCGGACCUGGAAGACAGCAGGUCCCUGCACCCAUAUAGAGCACACACACACACACACACACACACACACACACACACACACACACACACACACACACACACACACACACACACACACACACACACACACACACACACAC